AUGGCUCCCAAAGCUGCCUUUGACGAGUUCGCGGCUUUCCGUGGGCGAGAGCUCAGUUCAAGAUCGAAUAGGAAGACGACAUCUUAUUACGCCAUGGGAGCCGAGGAUUCAACGAUCACGCCUGAGGAGCCAAUGACAGCCGCUCUAAGGCGAAGUGGGUCUGAACGAAAACGGAAAGUCAACGGGAAUGCGAAGGAAGAUUCGGUGGCAAAGCGGUUGAAAACCACGGCCUCUGAUGGGCGAAAGGCGGCCAUUGAUGCGAGCGGUGAGACGAAGGUGAAGGCGAGAGUGAGUGCGACUACGAAACAAACUACGAAAAUGAAAGCUCCGGAAGCAGCCAAGUCGGUCACCACGAAGAUGUCACGCCGGGAUACUGUGAAGAAGGCAGUAGCUCCCUUGCCUGAGGCUUCUUCACCAGCAGAUGCUGCAUCAGCUAUUCUGCAGACAGCCAAAGCCGAAAGACGGCAGGAUUUUGCACCCGAUCUCGCCGCUGGUGAAGGUACGUCUGUAUCAAGUGAAGCUAGCAGUGCGACAUUGGUAGCUGAGCCUCGGAGGCCUACACCUGAUAAGGAGGGAAAUGCAGAAGUUGCCGCGAGUGUUGUGGAUGACAACGAGACUGAGCCUGUUCAGGAAAGUGGAUCUCAUGGCAAUCAUGAAGAGACUAAUGAGGCUAUGCCAGCCCUUGGUGCGAAUGGAGAUGUGAAUGUCACUGAUGCGCCAGUUACUCGAGGCUCGACUAUGGCAAUGAAUGAUGACACGACGCAGGAUUUACAAGCACAUGUCACGACAACACACGAGGCAGAUAGUGGAGAGGCAGAGUCCGGUAUCGCUGAAGGCCGCGAUCAGGCUGUUCAACGACCCGACACAACCGCUGACCUCACCCAUGCAAUGGUCGCCAGUUCCGACGAUCACUCGACUAUGUCAGGAAAUUUACAUGCUGGAGCUCGAUAUUCUUCGUCACCGCAAGCCAACGAGGAGCUUUUGACCGAGCACGCCACCACUACGGCACAAGAGUCUCCCUCUAGUAUCGUGGUCCUGAAACUGAGCGAGGAUGCGCUUCCCACGCUACAGAAAAACAUCCAUCAUGCUAUCCCACACUCUACGACAUUGCAGGCAAAUAUCGCCACCGAACUCUCCGAGAUUGGACGACCGAAAGAAAAGACUCAAGCUCCAUCUCGAUUUGGCGUCACUGCCGAGACCUCGGAAGUGCUAGAGUCUCCUUCCAUUGAAAAAGUUGUGACUACCACGGAUUUGAUCGGCGAUGGAGUCCCGGAGGUCUCUGGUCGUCCUUUGAAACGUGCAAGGAGAGCAUCAGCAUCAAAUGGAACACCUGCAAGGCCUGCAAGGCUUGUCAAACCCUCCACACGUACAAAGGCUACCGCGGUCGUAGCUGCGAAUGCGAACACGUCUGAGACAGUCAACCCACCAGACAAAACGCCGGGACGCACCACGACCGUGCCUUCAAAGCGCCGCAAGACGAAGCCGACCGCCGCGGAGGUCGAUUUCGCUGUAUCUUCUGAAGCAGAUAAUGGCUCGUCCUUUGAUGCGAGCGAAGGCUCGGAUCAUGUUGAGGCCACUAACGCCGACCUUACACCGCCAAAGAAGACUGUAAGAAGCAGGGCUUCUACAGCGCCGAAACCUCGUCGCCCGAGACCACAGACGCUGUCGAGCACGACUCGUAGACCUGUAAAGUCGAAGCAGACUAUCACCACUGCCCUCCUGACACCUCCAAGCUCUCAGCUCGGCGACGCGACCUUGCUGGAGUCUGUGGAUCCAGAAAAAUUGGCCUAUUCCCGAGCUUUGACACACCGCGAGCCUAUCGGGAGUAAACCACAACCAGCUGGUCAGCCUGAAGUCUGGGCGCACAGUCGUCAAGCACUCUGCGAAACCGUACCAUACUUCAAGAAGCCACAAGGCGGCUGUCAUCAAAACGACGGGCACGUGUAUGCGUUCCUGUUCGAUGGCGUAGGUCACUGCCGUGAGUACAUGGACUCGGAAGUCAUCAUCUCCCGCGCUGGAGGUGGUAUGGAGCAGGAUAGUACAGGAGGUAUGGUUCAAGGGAAGAACCAAUCUAUGAAAGAGGCACAAGUUGUGGCGAUGCUUAACGACACAGAGCUACAGAACCCGUUGAUCGUCAUCUGCGGGAACAAGAACUCAGGUUCUAUAUGUGCGAUGCCGCACAAGUACUGCGUUCUAGGAUGGUUUAAGUCGACUAUGGUCUGGCCUGAGAAGACUACUGGCAAAGGGAGCAAGGCGUGGAUCACUAUAAAGUACCGUAUGGAGUGGAUGACAGGUCAGGGUCAGCCUUGGCACGCUCCUAAAGACAACAAUUUGCCGGAACGCGGCAGUACAGCGCCAGCCUUGCGCAAUAUUUAUCUGGAAGGAUGGCUUUGUCUCAACGCUGCUUGUGAGAAGUUCUGGACACUGCCAAAUGGAGAGGACGCACCCGCCGGCAAAUUGGAGUAUAAUCCUGCUUUCUUGCACGAGAGGACAUCCUGGCCUUGUGAGGAGGUACCGUAUUCUAUUCGCCCACCUUUGCCUGAUCUCGGAAAGGCAUUGGGCGACGAUCGACUUUAUAUAACAACCAGAGGUGUAGUCUGUCCCGAGUGCGGAAGGUGUAAUCAGCGAUAUCUUUGGAAGGGCUGGCGCUGUGACAAGCCAGCAUGUUUAUGGCAAGGCCUACUGUCAAAGCAUGAUCCCAUCAUGCCAGCAUCUUUGCACUCUCCCUGGCAGAGCGUGGGCGAUGGACCAUCACUCGCGCGCAACAAGCAUCUUCCUGGUGUCCAUGUCGAAAUCAGCUAUGCUUUCAGCUACAAAAUAUAUACCUACACCUUCACUGGUAUCGACGGCCGAUUCGUGCAUGCUGUAGCCAACAAGCGGAUCACUGCAGAGCUCCAUGGUCCAGACGACAUGCUGCGUGAGAUGCAGAUUGCGGAUAUGGGCCUUGAGCGCCGACGCUUUGGUGAAGGAAAGAUGUCUACCAUUCCAGAGGACUGCACCGCUCCCGAUUUCGAGGCGCCAAAGACUCCUCCGCGUAGUAUUGCCGCCAACACCCAACUCCUCACUCCUGUGUCCGAGACACCUAUAGUCCUAGAGCCCGGCAUGUUAACCACAUCAGACGAGUCACAGCAGGCAACCCAGAAAGGUACAAUAUUGGACGGUGAUUUCAUGACGGCUUUCUCCAUGAAUUACGGAAUGCCGUACAAGUUUGUGGCAACUGGUGGCAGCCAGCCCUUCGAAAAUGCGCCAUGGCCCGUUCGUGCUUGCCGAUCACGCUUGAACUGGGCGGCCAAGGAGUUUCUGCUAGACGUCCCAAGCGAUGCCGACUUCAACGAGGAGCUUAUCUUCGCCUACAUGGAAGGACAGAAGAUCGACUACCAUGAUGAUGGCGAAGAGGGCCUAGGUCCACGGAUUGCGACUUUGUCUCUUGGCGGCAAGGCUCAGAUGCACCUACGCAUGAAAGCCAAGCACUUCAACGGUUGCUCGAAGACCGGAGUGCUGAUGACUGAUCGCCCGCUGCCAGGCAGUACACAAUACAAGAGACGUAUUGAGUUGCUUGCAGAGCUGGACAAGCUGAGCGACACAGACAAGGUAGCCUACAAGCGCCGUCUGAAGGAGGUUCCCAGCGAGCUCGGCCUAUACGAAAAGCGCAACAAGACCGCACCAGAUCUCGUGACUGUCACGCUCAAUCACGGCGAUAUCAUCCUGAUGGACGGCUAUCAAAUCCAGAACUUCCUGGAGCAUAAAGUCGUGCCAGCAAAUUGUCUCCGGUUUGCGCUGACCUGCCGCACAGUGUUGGAGCAUCACCUCAAGGAGCACGAAAAGCCUGCGUACGAGGUGAAGCCGGACGAUACCUCGUACCGGCCCUUGGUAGCGAGGUAG